GAUCAACCUCAGGCUGUUUCGUAAAUUAUCAUCGGAUAUUUGAGAGCGAAGCUUUGACUUUGUAAGUUUUAAAGCUCGUGAUGAAAACCGGUCCGCCGAUACAAAGUGCGACACGGAGUGAGAGAAAGACAGAGAUGGGAGAAUGUCAGGAAGAGACAGACAUAGUAUUCCCCUACCUUCGUUGUCAAGGCCGCUGCACGCCGAUGAUACGCCGGUGUGCUGCCGGCGUGCUAGCACGCCUGGUGUGCUGUGUGGACACCGCUGCUGUAAAAGCAUGAAUCGUGUAGCAAAGAAUGGUGCAUACAAGUACGACGACGGUACAAAAUAUAUCGGAGAUUGGAAUAGUAGAGGAAUGAAACAUGGCGCUGGUUUACUAGUUCUUCCGGAUGGAACACGAUACAAUGGAACGUUGCAGAAUGGAUUGUGUUCUGGAUUGGGAGUUAUUAUAUUUCCUGAUGGAGCAAAAUAUGAAGGGGAAUUUAUGCAAGGAUGGUUCCAUGGUCACGGUGUAUUUUGGAGAGCUGAUGGAAUGAAAUUCGAAGGGGAGUUUCGCGGUGGCCGUGUUUGGGGUUCAGGUUUAGUGACUUAUGCUGACGGAUCACAUGGAUUUCCAAGGAAUGAAGGUUUCUUCCAAGAUUGUAGAUUGGUAAGAAGAAGACGUUGUCUGGAUAUCGUGCAAAAGGCUCAAAAGAUUUCUAUGAUGGCUCGUACUCAAUGCAGCUAAAUCGAAAUAAAAUGGAUUAUAAAAACUUAAAAACGCAAACUUGUAAAAAAACGUUUUAAAAAUGUUGAAGAAAAGUAGGAUGUUUUUUUAAACGUUUUUAUGAAAUAUAUAAUGAAUGAAUAAAUUUGCAUUUACGAUCUCUUAAAUUCCAGAGUUACAAUGUGUUUCUUGUUUUCUGUUUCUUAUUUUUUAUUUUCUUCUAACUACAAGUUCAAAGUCUUAAUCAGAAAAAAAUAAAGAAAAAGAAACAGAAAAUAAAAAGCAUAUUGUAGAGCAAGAUUUAAAAAAAAAAUUAUCAAAUUGUUGCUUAGUAAAUACAAGCUAUUUACUGAGUAUCAAUACAAGUUUCAGAAGAGAGCCAUUGUAAUGGCGGGUGUAUAUCAGUUGGACACGGGGCAAUUGGACACAGUCCAAUCACAAGUCGCUGUUCCAAGGGACCCUACAAAUGUCUCUGUGAUUGGCUGUGUCCAAAUGCACCGUGUCCAAGUGCACCACUCCCGUAAUGGCACGUAGUAGAAAAAGAAUUAAAACACUUUUUACAAGUUUAGGUACUGUCUAAUGAUAUAAAAAUGUUAUAUGUUAUAUAUGCUCUAAUAUUACAAAUACACAGUAGACAAAGUUAUAUUAAUUCUAUAUAAAUGCAAUAAAAUUGAAUAUUAUCAGUAA